UCGGGAUCUAAGCACUAUGUGAAAGGAACCCUCUGACGCUUGUGUAUGGGAUUUCAAGCCCUGUAUGCAGGGGUUUACCGACAUUACCAGCCCACGGUCGAUCUGAUUUCAUUCUCGGGGAAAGCACAAGCUAAAAAUAGAUAUGUCUCCGUAGUACUUGAAUAUUACCUCCCCUGAAUGGCCGUCACACAAAUACAAACACGCAAUGGCGAGUGUUCGUUCUACUGCGAAUCAUUCCUAUUCUACAGAUGACUGUUUAGGAAUUGGAGCAACAUGUGAAGUUUAUAAAGGAAUCUCCAAGUCUGGCGAGAUCCGGGCUCUGAAGGUGUUCGGCCCCAGGACAGAUGGCGACAUCGGCCGGGAGAUAAAGGCCCUGAAACAGCUGAACCACCCCAACAUCAUCAGAUACUACGGCUGCGAGGAGGAGAUUGGGUCCCGACGCUUGGUGGUGGUCACCGAGUUCUGUGAUGGAGGAAGCUUGCUGGACCAUCUCAGCAGACCAGAGAACGCCUACGGCCUGGACGAGGAGGAAUACUUGCUGGUUCUCCGCCAUCUCUUGGAUGGCAUGAAGCACUACCGCGAGAAGGGCUUCAUUCACAGAGACAUCAAACCAGCUAACAUCCUCCGAUGUAUUUCCGAAGACGGCAGCUCACUGUACAAGCUGUCAGAUUUUGGUACCGCGAAGCCAUUGAUGCCGGACGAAUGUUUCCAGUCUCUUGUGGGAACGGAAGAAUACUUGCACCCAGAUAUCUACAAAGCUGCGUUCCUGGAGAGAGGCCGGGAUCGCCAAUUCGAUCAUUCUGUUGACCUAUGGAGCCUUGGAGCCACGCUGUAUCACUCUGCCACUGGGAGAGUUCCCUUCCGGCCGCACCAUGGCAGGGCCGACAAACUGACCAUGUUUGAAAUGAUUGCUAAGAAGCCUGCAGGAGUUAUUGCCGGGGUUCAGACCAAACACCGCGGCGAGAUCAGAUGGUUUGAUGAACUUCCCACCACAUGCCCCAUGUCACAGUCCUUCAAGAAGCGCUUGGCGUCUCUAAUCCUCUGUCUCAUGGAAGCUAAUCCAGAUAAAAUGUGGACGUUCGAGGACUUCUUCCAGGAGGCGGAAGACAUCCUCAAGAAAGAGGCCAUUGUGGUUCUCAGUCCGACCUCCUUCGUCAACCCUUUCUGCAGGCUGUAUAUGAACGCCUCUCAGAGCGUCCGCGAUACUCAGAAGGAAUUGGAGCGUCAGACCGGGGUGUUGGUGACGGAGCAGCUGCUGAUGCUGGAGGAUGUGUUGUUGACGGAGACGGUGAAGGAGACGGACAGUAUCCAGGAACUCCGGACGACCAGCCAGGAGGAACCAGUUAUCCUCUUGCCAGGGAGGACCCGCCAUGACGACACACGUGACGUCGACCCUGUGCUGACAGAGAUUGAGGACACCACCACGAGGUUUUCCUCGGCAAAUCAACCGGAUGUAGAUUUCAAGCACGCCAAGCGUCUCAUGGAGCACGUGGCGCUCAUCCACAGACACAGUCACGUGACAUCACUUGCCCAGAGACACUUCAUCGGCGUCAGACGGAGGCUGAGGAGGAAACAGACAGACAGGGAAGACAGCGUCCACAACAAACACAGCUACGUCAACACACUGUUCGAACAUGUCGACUAUCUGGCUACCACCUUGUUUGGUCGCCAGGGGUCGCCAGCCGCCUGUGAGAGCAUCAUGUCAACCAUUGACAAGGUACGGGCGGACUUGGGGGCGUGUGGAGACUCCCUGGCUACACACAGCUACGCGAAAAGUGAUGACGUCAGUCUGGAGGCGCAUGCGUGGUGCUUCGAAAACUGCUCAUGCGAAAGGAAAUACAUGCGGUGGUUGGUCAGAGCCAAGGACAUCGUGCCGCGCUUUUAUGAAAGACGGAAGAAGAGGACUUUCGGCCGACUGGAUGAGCGAGUCCACCAGAUCGAGAAGGCCCAACUUCAACAAAUACACUCCAGCUCAAGGGACCGUUGGACCUCGCACUGUGUUCCUAAGAACAAGUUUUUACAGGACAGCUUUCACCAAUGGGCGAAGAAUUAUUACGAAACUGAGGACCGGCUCCAGACUGCGGAAAAGAAACUGGAGGACAUCCAGAAAUCAUUGGCUGCACUGUCCAGGCAGAUAGCCGACUCCCAGAAGUCACAAAUGUCAGCAUCGAGUUUCUCUGAUUCAGUCCGGCAGAAGUCUCUGUCAAUAGACAAGGGAGUGAGAGAAGAAUUAUCAAAAACCAAGGAGAUGAAAGCGAUUGUUCUGGAUUUCAAAAACAAGUACUGCGAAGUACUGAGUGACCUUGAAACGCCGGUUGAACUUGACCUUCAUGGCGUUCACUAGGAACUACCGUGAACAGUGGGGAACCAGUAGAUGUCAUGAACGGCCUCCCUGAUUCCAGUACUCGGUCAUACAGACCCUGAAACAAAAAUAUAUCCCAGAAAGACCAUGCAAGUCUAGAUUAUGUGGCAAGUCUAGAUUUCCGAAGUUUCUGAAAAUGAAGAAAGUCUCAGGUCUCUUUUUCAUUAUUUUUUUUUUUUUAUGAAAUGCUUUUUCUGUAAAAUAUGUUCAUUUCAGACACUAGCAGUUAUUCUAACAUUCCAGCCACGUUCUCCCUUGAGUAUUGGGUGGACGUUUAGAACCAGUUUACUGUGAUAUCAGUUGGUUGAAAGUCAACUAGACAGAAGUGUAUUUAACAAGUAUUGUCAAUAGUCGGAAAACUGUGUAGAAAUUACGUUUUGCCUCAGGAACCAGUUACGUGAUCUUUGGAAAUUGUCAGAAAUGGUCA